CGUUACUUCCACAGACUCUCUGUCCCCCUGUUGGUUAAUGAAUGGUUAUUCGGAAUUCAGAUUCAUUUCGUCUUCACAAUUGAGUGUUGACAAAUUGCUUACCAGUUUGCACUGACUUCCUAUUUGUGCCUGUUGGAGUACCGAAAAGAAAGGCGUUUCAGAAAAUUAUCAGUUUAAUAACUUAAAAAAAAUUGCGGUUUGUGUCUACAAAAAAAAAUUCUUACCAAGUCAUAGUGACAUAUUGUGCUUCUGUUUUUAAUGUAUAUUUUCGUUUGUGUGUUUCGUAUCAAUAAAAUUGAAUUUUAAAUACCGUACUUGGAAACAUUUUAAGGUUAAUGGCAGAUUCGAACUUAAUGGAUCCAGAAGUGGAUUCAACACAACAAGAGUUUAGUAAUGCUCAAAAUAGCGUGGAUCCAUUUGAAAAUGAAAAUAUGGAUUCCAAUGAUCAAGAUAGUAAUAUGAAUUCUAAUCAUCAGGACAAUAUGAAUUCUGAAGACGUUGAUUCUAUGGAUAACUCUUAUAAUCAAGAAAAUGGACAUCAAUUUAAUGAAAACGAAGGAAGAACAUCUUUUAGAGAUUUUGAUGAUGAAAACGGACAAUUUGGUAGUAAUAAGGAGACUUCAGAUCCAAAGUUUAGAGGUCCAUCCAAUUGGAAUUCUGGUAGAGGGAAUAAUGAUAAUGGAAGAUUUAGAGGGGGAGAUACAGGUGAUUUUAAUAGUCAAAAUGGUAAUUUUAAACCUCAAAGGAGUAGGUGGUCGGAAAAUGCAGAUGAAAAUUGGAAUGGGUCAUCUCAAGAAAAAUCUCCAAGUAUGAUGAAUGGACCCAACAGCCAAGGCGGACCACAGUUUGGAGGACAAGUACCACCAAUAUUUAAUGGACAAGAUCCCAAUGGUCAAAUCGGAGCUCCUCCAGCUAACCAGUUACCUUCAUUAUUACAAAUGCCCCCUGUAGUACCACCAACUGGAGGAAUUCCACCUCAAGGUCCUCCACCAAUAAUGUCUGGAGAAGUUUGGAUUGAAACCAAAUCAGGCGAUGGGAAACCAUAUUAUUAUAAUGCUAGAACACGUGAAACUACAUGGGAUAAACCUUCCGGACCAAAUAUAUCUGUCAUUUCUCAAGAACAAGUUGAAACCCUCGGAAAUCCAAAUGCUGCUCAAGCCACUUUUGGUAGACCUAAUGAAUGUGAACAAACGCCAAAUAAUGCUGAUAUGAAAGUUAUUGAUGAAAAAGCCAUGGGAAAUGAACAAGGAGCAUUUAUACGAACACAACAAAAUGUUAGUGUUCCACCAAUGAGUGGAAUGCCACAAAUGAUGCCUCCAAUGAUGGGCCCACCUCCAGGAAUGAUGCCACCUAACACAAUGAUGCCUCCACCUAAUUUCCCACCCUUUGGUGGACCACCUCCAUUUGGUAUGCCACCUCCAGCGUUUUCUCAGGCCCCUUGGGGUAUGAUGCCUCCAGGAUUUGCACCUCCAUCUAUGAUGAUGCCAGGAAUGGAGCUCAACAAUAAAAUUGAUCCAGUAAUUCUUGCUAAUGCUGCUGAAUGGUCCGAACAUCGUUCACCUGACGGACGAAUGUACUAUUACAGUAUGAAGACAUCAGAGUCUGUCUGGGAAAAACCAGAAGCAUUGAAAAAACUUGAUAUGGCUCGAGAAGUAGCUGCUGCUCAAUUAAGGAAGGAGGCGGAACAAAAAUUAGAACAAAAAACUGAUCCUCUAGUAGAUAUAGGUUUUGCAAAACUUAUGAAUGGUUCUGAUGGGGGAGGUUCAUUUAAAAGAAAAGACGAAGAGAUCCAAGAACCCAAUAAAAAAGCUAAGGCUGAUGAUAAAUCAAAAGUAGCUGAAAAACUCAAAAUUCAAGAUAAAACCAGACCAGUUUCUAGUACACCUGUUGAGGGAACUCCUUGGUGUGUUGUAUGGACUGGAGAUGGGCGUGUAUUUUUCUUUAAACCUUCUACUAGAACAUCAGUUUGGGAGAAGCCUGAUGAUUUAAAAGGAAGAACGGAUGUUGACAAAAUGGUAUCAAACCCUCCAGAAGUUGUCCAAGCCUUAAAAAGUGCCGAAGGACAGUCACCAACUAAAAAACCUAAGAAUGAAAAUGAAAAAAAUACUCAAGAAAAUACAAGCAAUAGUAAAACUGAUGUUGAAAGUAAGGUAAACUUAAUGAAAGAUUCAGCUAUGGAAGCGGAAUUAAGAGCUGCUAGGGAAAGAGCAGUAGUACCUCUGGAAACCCGGAUAACUCAAUUUCGAGAAAUGUUAUCGGAAAAAGAGGUAUCAGCAUUUAGUACAUGGGAAAAAGAGUUGCACAAAAUUGUAUUUGAUCCUAGAUAUUUAUUGUUAACUUCAAAAGAACGGAAACAGGUGUUUGAGAAAUAUGUUAAAGAACGCGCUGAUGAAGAAAGACAAGAAAAACGUAAUAAAAUGAAAAUGCGGCGUGAAGCAUUUAGGCAGUUGAUGGAAGAAGCUAAUCUUACUACUAAAACAUCGUACAAUGAAUUCAGUUCAAAAAAUUCCAAGGAUGAAAGGUAUAAAAAUAUUGAAAAAUCACGAGAAAGAGAAGGAUUAUUUAAUGAAUAUAUGGUAGAAUUAAGAAAACAGGAAAAAGAAGAAAAGACAAUGCGGCGAGAACAGGCUCGAAAGCAGUUUAUAGAGCUAUUAAAGGAACAUAAUGAAAUAGACAGACAUACUCGUUGGCCUGACAUAAAGAAAAAAUUAGACCAUGACAGUAGAUAUAAAGCAGUUGACUCAAGUACUUUACGAGAAGAUUACUUUAUGGAUUAUAUACGAAUUUUGAAGGAUGAAAGAAAAAGAGAAAAAGAACGAGAACAUCGAGACAAAGAUAAACACAGUCACAAACGAGAUAAACGUGAUAAAGAAGAGAAAGAAUCCCGAAAGUCUGAAUCAAAACAAGAAGAAAAAUCUGAUGAAAUUGAUCAGGACGAGACUAAAGAUUCAAAGGACUCCAAAGAAGCUCGAAUUGAAGCCAGUCUGAAAGAGCGUGAAAAAGAAGUGCAACGUACCCUUGCUGUACAUUUAAAACACAGAGAAAACGAACGGGAACAACAUAAACAUGAUGAGGCAGUGGUUCAUUUUAAUGCUCUUUUAGCUGAUCUGGUAAGAAGUAAUGACAUGUCUUGGAAAGAAGCUAAGAGGCAGCUCAGGAAGGACAGUAGGUAUGAAUUAGCUGAUUCGUUAGAUUCUGAAGAAAAGGAGAAAUUGUAUAAGGUUCAUGUGGAAGAGAUAACAAAAAGGAAGAAAGAAAAGUUUAGAGAGAUGUUGAAUGAAAUAAAUGAUUUAACUUUGGAUAGUUCAUGGAAAGAAAUAAGGAAACAAAUAAAAGAAGACGUAAGAUAUGUUCGAUUUUCAUCUAGUGACAGGAAAUGUGAAAAAGAAUUUAGAGAAUAUUUAAAGGAUAGAGUGGUGAUAGCAAAAAAUGAAUUCAAGAAUCUUCUAAUGGAAACCAAACUAAUUACACAUUUGUCUAAUGCAAAACUACAAGAAAAUAAUGAAGGAUACCUAAAAGAGGUCGAAGACAUACUGAGUAAAGAUAAACGUUAUUUAUUCUUGGAUAGCUUAGCUGAGGAACGUACUGAAUUAAUAAUUUCCUAUAUUGAAGAAUUGGAAAAACGAGGUCCACCCCCUCCACCCACCGCCACAGAACCAAAUCGACGAACACUUAAAUAAUUUUUUUUUAUUAUUAUUAAUCUAUUAUAGAAUAACAAUACUUUUUUUAAUAUCGUUAAAUAUUUUAACGAUAAGCAUAACACUUUUUUAAAAUUUUCAGACACUUCAUUUUAAUUAUGUUAUUUUUAUUCAAUUUCAUUGUGUUGUCAUUAUUAUUUUUUUAUAUGUAUAUAGAUUUAGGUACAAUUACCAGUAAGUAGCAGAAAUGUUGUAUUUGUAUAAUUUACUUAUCUUAUUGUACAGGUUAGGCUGUUCUUUAGGAUUUCACUUUUACAACCCGAUUCAAUAAAAAUAACUUUUAUUAAUUUGAA